GUGAACGAUUCGUCAGAAGCGAAUCAGAAAUCGUGGAAGAAGAUCACAAAGAAACUGUCGUCGCAUGCACACACGUAUUUGACUGCACUAAAUGUGGAAGAUGCAAAACCACGAUUCUUUGCCUCUCUCAUCAAAUUACUAACAGCUUUUGGUGGUAUUGUCACAUCAUCAAAAGAAAAACAACAACUGAACGAAGCGUUAGGCGACGAUUUGAAAGUGUUAAUGGGGAAUACAGAAUUGUGGAAGAAUGGUGGUACGAUGAAACGUUUCAAUUCAGCAUCACAGACGAUCUGUGGGCGAAGUACGUUGGCUGCGUUGAAGCAGUUAUCAGCAGUGAUUGGUGUCAAAUAA